AUGCUUGUUACCUUUGCUUUCUUGCUUCUUUGUAGCUGCCACUAUUGCUCAGCCUCUGGCAGGUUACUAAUUCCAAAAAGGCCAACCACCACAGAAUUUGGAAUGGACUCACCUAACCUUCUAAAGCCAACUUUUCCAUUACCAGAAGAUCAAGAGACACCAGCACCUCCUAGUUCCACAAUACCAGCACUUCCAACGCCACUUGAACAGCCAAUAAUGACACCUCCUCCUCCUCCUUCUCCGGCUGGCCAAGAUGAGGCCAAUCUGAUUCCAGCUUUCCCAUUUCCUCACUUGCCUACUCUACCCAAAUUCCCUCCUUUUCCAUUUAUUCCUACCUUGCCAUCAGUCCCUGCACUCCCCUCCGUUCCCCUUCCUCCACAGUUCGUGGAUUCAGGCUUUUCUUCACCAGGGAUUGGAGAUGAAGGUAGCCCAUGA